AUGGAUCCUCGCAUCUCCAAUUUAAUUUCCUCGCUCGCAGUUCCCACUGCACAAGCUGAAGCGAUCGCAAAUAUCUUCAGUGACGACCUCAACCUCGCUGCAUUCUUGCAUGGAAGAUCUUGGGAUACUUCGUCACUCACAAAUACAGCCUGUGCAGUACUGAAGCUCAUCCUAGGAGAAACUAAAGUAGUCACAGAUUCUGCCCACUCCUCCGAGAACUGGUCCCAAACAUGCUGGAACUCACCCACCUGCACAAUCUUAGCCGAGAGCAAGAACGACGUCUCUAUCGCCCUCAAGACGAUUAAAUUCUUCGGACUGAAGUUUGCAGUCCGUAGCGGAGGACAUUCGCCCAACCCCGGAUGGUCGUCGAUCGGUGAGGCCGGCAUCCUCAUCGAUCUUCAGAAAUUGAACGCGAUCAGUUUGAGUGCAGACAAGAAAUUUGCUACUAUAGGACCUGGAAAACGGUGGGGAGAGGUUUACGAAGCCCUGGACCCUCAUGAGCUGAGUGUAGUCGGCGGCCGUAUUCCUCAGGUCGGCGUGGGUGGCCUGAUUCUUGGAGGCGGGUUCUUUCAUUUCUCGGGGAAGUAUGGGCUUGCGGCGGAUAAUGUGAAGAACUUCGAAGGUCGUGCUCGCUAA